AUGACAACUGAAGCGGUUAAGUCAUGCAAGACUGCCAAAUCCAUGCAAGUAUCUAAUACUGAUGGAAAGUCCAAUUAUCAACAAUUUGAAAAGUCAAGCACUCUGUCAAAGACAGUCGAUGUAGAAAACACAAAAUAUCAACCAAAGACCACCUUGGUGAAGUUGACACUUCCAGCAAAGACAACCACUGAAAAGUCAAGCACUCUAUCAAAGACUGUCGCUGUGGACAACACAAAAUAUCAACCCAAAACUACCUUGGUGAAGUUGACACUUUCAGCAAAGACAACCAUUAAAAAGUCAAGCACUCUGUCAAAGACUGUUGCUGUAGAAAACACAAACUAUCAACCAAAGACCACCUUGGUGAAGUUGACACUUCCAGCAAAGACAAUCAUUGAAAAGUCAAGCACUCUGUCAAAGACAGUUGCUGUGGAAAACUCAAACUAUCAACCAAAGACCACCUUGGUGAAGUUGACACUUCCAGCAAAGACAACAAUUAAAAAGUCAAGCACUCUGUCAAAGACAGUCGAUGUAGAAAACACAAAAUAUCAACCCAAAACUACCUUGGUGAAGUUGACACUUCCAGCAAAGACAAUCACUGAAAAGUCAAGCACUCUGUCAAAGACAGUCGAUGUAGAAAACACAAACUAUCAACCAAAGACCACCUUGGUGAAGUUGACACUUCCAGCAAAGACAAUCAUUGAAAAGUCAAGCACUCUGUCAAAGACAGUCGAUGUAGAAAACACAAACUAUCAACCAAAGACCACCUUGGUGAAGUUGACACUUCCAGCAAAGACAACCACUGAAAAGUCAAGCACUCUGUCAAAGACAGUCGCUGUGGAAAACACAAAAUAUCAACCCAAAACUACCUUGGUGAAGUUGACACUUCCAGCAAAGACAAUCACUGAAAAGUCAAGCACUCUGUCAAAGACAGUCGAUGUAGAAAACACAAACUAUCAACCAAAGACCACCUUGGUGAAGUUGACACUUCCAGCAAAGACAAUCAUUGAAAAGUCAAGCACUCUGUCAAAGACAGUCGAUGUAGAAAACACAAACUAUCAACCAAAGACCACCUUGGUGAAGUUGACACUUCCAGCAAAGACAACCACUGAAAAGUCAAGCACUCUGUCAAACACAGUCGCUGUGGAAAACACAAAAUAUCAACCCAAAACUACCUUGGUGAAGUUGACACUUCCAGCAAAGACAAUCACUGAAAAGUCAAGCACUCUGUCAAAGACAGUUGCUGUGGAAAACACAAAAUAUCAACCCAAAACUACCUUGGUGAAGUUGACACUUCCAGCAAAGACAAUCACUGAAAAGUCAAGCACUCUGUCAAAGACAGUCACUGUGGAAAACACAAACUAUCAACCAAAGACCACCUUGGUGAAGUUGACACUUCCAGCAGAGACAAUCAUUGAAAAGUCAAGCACUCUGUCAAAGACAGUCGCUGUGGAAAACACAAAAUUUCAACCCAAAACUACCUUGGUGAAGUUGACACUUCCAGCAAAGACAACCACUGAAAGUCAAGAACUCUGUCAAAGUUAA